CUCUUCUGAGCCCGCGCCGCGUGAUGACGACACCGCUACGCGCGGAUUGGUCGCACCCAUUUCCACUGAGCAGCCGCCUUGCGCAUUUCCGCUUCCGUCACUGCCACAGCUCCUUAGCUGUCUACCGAGGCGGCGCGUCUCUCUCUACCUCUGAGCAUCAUGUCGAGUGGCCUCCUGAAGGCGUUGCGCAGCGACUCCUACGUGGAGCUGAGCCAGUACCGGGACCAGCACUUUCGGGGUGACAAUGAAGAACAAGAAAAAUUACUGAAGAAAAGUUGUACACUGUAUGUUGGAAAUCUUUCCUUUUACACAACUGAAGAACAAAUUUAUGAACUCUUCAGCAAAAGUGGUGACAUAAAGAAGAUCAUUAUGGGUCUGGAUAAAAUGAAGAAAACAGCAUGUGGCUUCUGUUUUGUGGAAUACUACUCAAGAGCAGAUGCAGAAAAUGCCAUGCGUUUCAUAAACGGAACUCGUCUAGACGACAGGAUCAUUCGCACAGACUGGGACGCAGGCUUCAAGGAGGGCAGGCAGUACGGGCGUGGGCGAUCCGGAGGCCAGGUUCGCGAUGAGUACCGGCAGGACUAUGACGCUGGAAGAGGGGGCUAUGGAAAACUCGCACAAAAGCAGUGAGUGGUGAAAGCCCAGUCUAUCAUUGCAGAAUUCCCUCCAUUGGACUGCUGAAGAAAUUACCAGAACCAUUUUGUUACCGGAUCAAAAAUUGUUCCUUGUGGCUGGGGAUGGAGUUCAUUGGCAGAGCAAAAAGAAAUGUGUUCCUCAGCAGCAGAUUCACUCUAUGAUGUUUUGCUUUUGUUUUUGGCUUUUUUUUUGGAACCGGGAAUCAAACUCAGGCCCUUGCACUUGCAAGGCAGGUGGCAGAACCACUGAGCCAAAUCCCUGGCCCAAGUCUAUGAUGUUAGUUAUCUAUCAGCCAAAAAUACCGUACUCCUAGGAAGACUAGAAAAAUGUAAAAAUUUAUCUUGUUGCUUGGGUUUAAGCAGGCUCAUGAUCUACACUGGGACUUGGAAUGAUUCUUUUUUAAAUUUGAAGUUUGCACGAUGUGAAGUUCUUUAAGGUAAAAUGGAGUUUUGCUGUGUUGCAUAGUUUUGCUCUAAAUUAGGAAGAGUUGUCUGACGACAACUUCAUUUGUUUUCUAUAUUGAAUUCUAAUCUCUAAAGGCAAACUUUGACCUUAUUUGGCACAAAAGACUGAAGUCUCAGGACCCUCCCUACUUCUGUGCUUUAGUGCAGGACUUGAGUUCUGCUGAAUACAUUUUUCAAAAGAUAAAAUGUUUUGCCUAAGGCUAAGUAAGUCUUAACGUGGAGACCCUCAAUUUAUUUUGCCUUUGUAAAGCAAGAGAUGAUUUCUUAUGUGUGAGUAUAAUUAUCCCUUAGUUAGAAAAAAAUACAAAAUUUUUUCAUCUAGCAACAGAGCGUCUUCCAACAUCUAGUAGUAUGUGAAGGUUGCAGCCGGAAUGCUCUACUGCGAACAUCUUUAAUGUUAGACUAAGUGUGGGUUUUUUCAUUCAAUCCCAAACUGGUUAUUGGAAUUUUUUAAAAACACUGUUAAUAGUUGUGAAGUAAGAAAAAACAUUUAAUGAUACACUAUUCAUUUGUAAACAUGUUUUUACACUGUAAUUUGAACUAAUUUAUAUUCUUCUAUAGUAAGACAUAACUCAGAUUUCUAAAGGCCUUAAAACCAAAGAUACUGGUUUUUAUGCCUUUUGUAACAGAUUAC